AAGAGCUUGAGCAGGGGGCGGCUGUGUCCUUCUGUGAUGGCUCCCUCGUGGGGGCGGUCAUAGAUGGGGACCGCCGCAGGCACGGCCGCAUCCUCGGGGGCUCGGUUCUAUUCGCGCAAAACGCUCUACAGGCUGUGGAAAUACAUCUGUAUGGCAUCGGGCCAUCCGCGUAUCCCGGGGAAACAGGGGGAGCCCAGGUAGGGGCACAGCAGUUGGCGGGCGUCCACGCCACCCGUGCGAGGCUGGUGGGUGACUGCAGGGGGUGGAUGACCGCGGCGGCGAGUGGAAACCGGCUCGAACCCCAACUGUGCACGGUCCUCACCGCCCUGGACCGCAUCCCCGCAGCCGAAGCACUCGUCACCCACGUAUACGCCCAUACGGGCGUCGCGGGCAACGAAUUCAUAGAUACGUUGUUGGGACUCGUGGCCCCGGCCGCCCGGCGAGUGGACAUGCGGGAACUCCCGUCCCUCCCCGUCCCCCACGCAGCGGUGAAGCAGCUCCUCCUGCGGGAAAUAGAAGCACAAGAAGAGGUAGGGAUCCUGUCCCUGGGGCUAACCAGAAGCAUCAGUGGGCGAGACUGGGCGGCCAGACAAUGGUCGCGCGACUUCGUCUGGGGCGUCACCAAAUAUCUCCGUGGCGCGCGGCUGGUUCAACGCCUCUGGCUGUCCACGGUCAGUGGAAGUCAGAGUAGAUCCUUCG